AUGUCCCGCACGAGGCAGCCAAUCCCACCCGCCGGGUACAAGGUUAGCUGGUCAGACUGUAAGAUCAAUGUCCUCCUCGACAUUAUCGCCCAGAAUCCGGAGUGGACGCAGCUCUGCCUCGGUGAAAGAGUCGCGAAGAGCGAGGGAAAGAAGCUGCACGCCGCCCUGCUCGCCAUCAGUGUUGAGCUAUUCGAUAGCAGUGAUCCUCUCUGGUUCGACGAUAUGCAAGCAAGGGGCUUGAUCAGGCUUGACAAAUUGAGCAAGGUGUGGAAGGCGACAACGCUGUUGAGCGAUACGAACGUAUUUCAGGUCUACCGUAAAGUCCGCCGUCUGAGAGAUUCCUUCAAGAAAACUGGCGAAUUAGGGAUCAAGGAGGAGUGGCAGAGCUGGGCGGAUGUCAAGGCAGCCAAGGAACCCUUGUACUCCCGAAUGCAGAGCGACUGCCCCUUCUACUUCGCCCUCCGCCCUUUGUGCGAUCUGGCGGCUUCGUCAGCCGACACCUCUCGCUUCGCCUCACCGUCCCCAUCCCACAGCGAUAUCAGCGACGCGGAGUCCUCGCCGUCUUCGAAUCAGCCCCUCACACCUAUCAAUGCGACUAUGACCCCUGCUUUCAACACUGAGCAGGAUCAGGCGCAAAAGAAACGGCACGUCGAGCCCGGAUCCGCACACCAUUCCAAGCGACCCCGGAUGUCGGAGGGGACCGGUAAUCCUAAUGAGCGACGAGCCCCUCCAGACUCAGCCCAGAGUUCUGGUGUUCCCAGCAGCAGGGAAGUCAUCGAUCUGACCCGCUCUCCAUCUCCGUCGCUGCAGCAACCGGGGCUCACUCAUGCUAUGCGCGAGUCGUAUCAAGGCGACGCUCUUCGACCGCCCGUACGGGCUGUCCCAUCAGCAGGCUACCUGGACGAAAUCGACUGGAUCGAUCCCCGCUACACUCACGUUUUCCUCAAAUCCCUCUUCAAUCACCCCCACCGUCAAUCCAUCUUCGUCCCCGACCUCAAUUGCCCGCAGGCCGGGCAAUCCCCAGGCGACCUUCUCAAGGCCCACAGGGGCCUCUACAUACACCUCAAGUCUCAGGAGGUAGGACAGCGAUGGUUGCUCGAAGCACAGCAAUGGGGCUGGGUGGCUCCGAGCCCGGAGGCGGCUCAGAAAGGGGUAAAGAGAUGGACUGCGACCGCGAGCUGGCCCUCGUUCAAGCAGGAGGUCUAUGGAUUUGAGGUUAGGCUGAACAUCUUGCGUGACUCAUGGAAUGAUGGGACGUUUGGCGGGGCACUCGAGCUGUGUCUUGGGGGUUGCAGUGUCCCCGACCAAACUUGGGGUGGGAUGAUGUUGCACCUCUUCGGACCGCCGGGACAAGCCAAGACGAUGCCCACCGCUGAGCCCUCAGUACCCUCGGCACCCAUGGCCAAGCAAGCUGCUCCUCAGUCAAUCAGCAAUCCGCGCAGUCUUCCGCUUCAGGCACAGGCUCUCGGUGCCCGUAGCCCGGUCAUCGAGCUCAAUUCUCAGGCGUCGGCAAUUGCUCCCUUGUCCACGAGUCGACCCCUGCAGCCAUUUGACCAAGGCUUGAUGAGAUCUGACUAUGAUCCUACGAUCCCGCGCCAACAAGCUCGACACCAUGAAUGGAUCCGUCUCGCAGACGACCCUAAUAUGGGUGCGGUAGCCCUUCCAUCGAGGUGGCUCAAGCUGUACGACGCAACAUCCGAUCGGGCGGGGAAGAACGAGAUCUUCGAGAUGGGUCGGGCGGAGAUUGUCAUUGAAGCGAUUUUAGGCCUGCAGGCUGUCAAGGGACUUAGGAAGAAACACACCCUCCAUCAGAUCGGGUUCGACCUCGAGACACUCCCUUCUCGCCACCUCACUCAGAAGUUCGGGGAGAUGGUCAUCUCUACCGGAGGAGACGUUCAGACCGUCAAUGCGGUCCGGAAACUCGGCGGUACGAGUGUUCGCUUCGAAAUCCACCUGUUCCCCGAGUUUGACGCGGUGCGGGAGAGAGCUUACCUUGCGGGCCGGUUGUACAAAGUCGGUCUCAUGGAGUAUUUGAGGUAUUUGGAUCGCCCUAUCGAUGGACCAUCACCGCCUCAUUCCUCAGCGGAAGCAACCAUGGCAGACGGCCCUAUAUCUUUCGGUUCACAGGAAGCAUCGCAAGGUCCAGCGUGGUCUGAGGAUCUCGCUUCAACCACCUACGAUGCUGUUCUCGGUGCGGUGAGGCUUCAGGCAAGCCGCCGACCUGCCGCGGCGCGAUGGCAUGCGAAAGGACUUGGGCGCCUGUGUGUGCGGUGUGCUCUUACUCAUCAUCAUUGUCAUAGUAUAUCUAUGCGGGCUAUGUUCAACGCCCGACAGUCCCGAACGGGCAAAGCCGAGCCCCUUAUUCCUUAUGCCGGGGUAAAGAUUCACUGGCCGGAAAGGAAGGUUCGAGCUCUUCUCGACAUCAUCAAGCAGAAUCCUACAUACCCCGAGCUUUGCUUUACCGAGCGAAGCGGACCUGGCAGACUGCCUACUGCUCGUCGGGAAGAGCGGCGUGAUGCUCUUCUCGCCAUCAGUGUUGAGCUGUUCGAUACAUAUGACCCAAAAUAUCUAGACGAUAUGAAGGCGAGGGGGUUGAUCAAGCUCGACAAAUCGGGGCGGUGGAGAUCGACAGCGCUUCUAGACGCUGCACCCGACCAGCUGCCUCUCUUUGCGGUCUACUUAAAGUCACGAGUGUUGAAGCGGUCCUUCGAAAAAUGUCGAGAACUUGGAAUACAGAAUGAGUGGAAAAGCUGGGAGGAUGUCAAGGCUGCAAAGCAUCAUUUGUGCAAUCGGAUGAAGGCGGACUGCCCUCACUACUUCCUGCUUCUACCCCUGUGCGGGCCCGUACUGUCUCGGAGCCGAACCCACCGAUUCACCUCCUCCUCUUCCUCCCCCAGCGAUUGCGAGUCUGAAAGCCUCUCCCCACCUCCGUCGCCACCGGCCGCAUUGGCAUCGGUGACCCAUCGGAUCCAAGCGGGACCAAAGCGGUCGUUGGGGUCUCGCCCAGAUCUUGAGCGCGCGGAUGCCGGCUCCAGCAAGCGUCGCGCAACCUCUUUUGGGGGACGAGAGGUCAACGGUCACACCCGCUCGCGCACCUUCUUCGCUCAUGGCCACGACAUCAUCGACCUUACCCAGUCGCCCUCUCCGCUCGUAGAGCUACCCGAUGUGGCUUUGACUUUUGAGCAUCCGCCCUUGCCCCAAGUCUUGCCGUGCGCAUCCAGCGCGUCGCUCACUGUACCUCGCGGGCCGAUCCAUAUCCCUCCGUCGUCGACUUCGCAACCGAGCAACUCGCUGGGUCUACCCCAGCCAGUCAGCCCAGCUGUGGAAUUCAUCCAGACAAUCGACUGGUCCGACCCACGCUAUACCGUCGCUCUUUUCACGAAGCUGUACCUUCACGCUCGAUCCCGAUGUCUCCUUCUCCCUGACCUUCACCCCAGCCCGCCUAGCGAUACCAGCCGCGAAUCCUCCAAGGUGAUCAGGGACAUUUACGUGCAUCUCAUAGCUCAGCAGGAGGGGCAGAGCUGGCUCAAGUGCGCGAGGGGAUGGGGAUGGGCAGGUCCUCAUCCCAAGGGGAAGGAAGCUGUUGGUGUGUUGAAGUGGAAGGCGAGUACGAAGUGGCCAUUUGCGGGACACGGUGAUUAUGGGUUCGGAGCAAGACUUGACGGUCUUCGUGCGUCAUGGAAGGCAGGAGACUUUGCUGGAAAAUUGGAAACGUUCCUCGGCUUGUGCGAGGUUCCGGAUCAGUCAUGGUCCGGGAUACUGUCGUUCUUGUUCGGCCCGCCCGGUGAUCCGUCAAAGACCCUCUCGUCGACGCCCGCUUACACCGUCCGGCACACGCAGCCAGCGCUCUCCACGCGCAAGCCGUCAGAAUCCCGGAUGUCUGAGGAUGUCUCUGGCGUCUGGGUCGAGCGCACUACUGCCCGGCCCUUCGACUGUCGACCAUCCUCACGUGAUCUAUCCCCUCAAGCUCCGGUCGGUCAACGUGGUGAGGCGUUAGCAACAGACCGCGUGCCCUCGGUGAUUCGCGAUCGAAAGCGGCUCGGCGAAAUGAUCCGGUUGGCGACCGACCCGGAACUCCGUUCUUCCGAUCUUCCUGCAAUCUGGCGGAGGCGUUACAAGGAGGCAGUCGACUCUGCAGAAAGGCAGGAGAUCUUCGUGAUGGGCAAGGCAGACAUCUACAUCCAGGGGAUUAUAGGCUCUCAUAGAGUGAAGGAGCGGUACGAGCGAAAGCGACCUUGGUCCACUUUCCACGAGGUAGCGUUUGAUAUCGAUACCAUCCCAUCCGGGCGUCUGCGGGAGAAGCUCAGAGAUCUGGUCAAGGCCACUGGGGGGCAUGUUAUCAGCAUCGACAGCAUCCGACUUAAGAGCGGACGCGGCGACACUGAGCGCUACGAGGUCCACCUAUUCGCCGAGCCACGUCUACCUCGGGGGAAGUGCUAUCGGCCAGGUGUGACGCGGAGGUUUGGAAUCAUUCAGUAUCUCGACCUAGUCGCUGCAUCUUGUACCAUCCGUUAG